AAACUGAUUUAACUCACCGACUCUGUCACACUCGCGCUGGGCAUCAUCCGAUGCGUUCACUGGAUUAUCUCCCUGCAGCUUGACACAGCAGCUCUUUGCUUUCAUCGACACAAUUAUAAUGCGAGCUUGUUUUUGAGAGCAUCAGGAAAUCGCCUCUGAAGUGUUUCUUUUAUUUUCUGGUGGACAGAGCUGUGUCACUCCGAAAACCGCUGCAAUGCCAGACUCAGCAAUGAUGAACAGAAACGGGAUGGUGACAAACAUUCACACGAGGAUAAGAACUGAUCCAUUUACAGCCAACUACGACUUGGUCGGCAAAGAACUGGGCAGGUGAGUUGGUUUGCGCGUGAAUGACUUUCAGUGUUUUCAUUAAUGGGACACCACGCUGUGUGUUGGCUUCUUCUAUGAAUGGCGCGGAAUUAACAACUACAUCUAGAUAAUCUGAACGAAAUCGUUUAAUCAUCGGAUAAACUCUUUGCACGUGUGUAUAAGAAGCGUGUCGAUUGAAAAUGACCAGUCCGGCAUGUUGACCUCAGGGUAUUGCUCGGAUGGAGACGCGCUUUGGCACGCGUAAUGGUAAUGCGUCCUUGCGCGUAUUGAGUAGGUUCUGACAAAUUCUGAGAGUUCCAACAAAAAAGGGAAAAACGAGUGGGGAUUUGGUCGAAGGAUAUAAGUGAGUGAUAUCAUAAUGGGGGUUUUAAGCUCUGUUUAAACUGUCCACAUAUUAGACUCACAAGUCUGCAUUUAAGAGGUGACAUCAAGACAGUCCCCUCUUCAUAAACCAUUAGAAUAUAACAGUUUUAAAUAAGUGCACAGUCUGCAGUCAUACUUUUGUAGUUCACCAUAUUCAGAAACAGGCUGUCAGGUUUACUGACAAACUUCACAAGACUGGUGAGAGAACAUUUCAUUACAGCACACUGGGACUGUUACUGCUGUCAGGGGAUAUUUUGUUUAUUGCUUACCAAAAUGACGUCCAGCGUGGAGUGUGUUGUUCAUACCUGUGUUUCUGCCUCAUACUUUACCUGUUCAUCCAGAAAAUGCAGUUUGAAAAAUGCCUUCUACUUUCAGCAACUUCACAAACACAUUCCUGUGGUAUUCAUGUGGCGGUUUACCAGUGUGCCUGACAAUAAUGACUCUCCAUGAGAAAAGACUUGACUCCUCCUGGUUGAUUUAGCUGGACAGCUGUGUGAUUGACAUUUUGGCUGAUACUGCUUCUGUCUGUAUGACUCCAUCUUCACUUUUUUGCUGUGUUUUGGGCUGAGUAGAGUAUGUUGGUAGCAGGCAGCUGCCAGUUUUCCAUGUCAGACACACUGACAACCCGGGACAGCAGCCAGGACUUGCAUGAGGGGUAGGGGGGUGUUUGAUUGAGGUUUUCUAUAUGGUAUAGACCAGAGCAGCCUCAUAGCGACCCCUCUGCCUUCUCUCACCCUCCUACCUCAACUUCACCGCCCCCCUUCUCUCCGCUUCCCAGGAGUCUGACCGAACAACAUCCUGAGAUCAGGCCUCAUAAUCGCAUUAAGUAGGAAUGUACGUAGUGCUGCAUACCAGCAGAUCAGCUAUAUGGUCUGUACAUCCAGGCGGAUGACAAACAUAUGAGGCCUGUUUGAGCUGGAUUCUUCCUCUAAAAUGAUUCUCUCAGUUCUCAGUUAAGGGGGCCACUUGUCCUUGUUUUCAUAAGUUUCUCAUCACCGGGCUUUGCAUCAUGAGUUGUGGUCCUCCUGAGACUUCUGCGUUGUGGCUAACUAAAGUGCAGGAAGUGCAUCUGUGAAACAGGCAAAUAAGAGCUGUGAGAGCUGUCAUUUCUCAUUUUACCUCAGACAUGAGUCAGUGCCCCUCUGAGCGAGACAAAACACAGACUCCACAGGAAACCGACUUCUCAAUCAAAUGAUCACCAUCUCUACAGCUGGUGGGGGGUGAUUUUGCAUGUGGUAGUAAAGUUUUAUGAUUGAUGCAGAUAGUUUCAGAAAGAUUCUACAAAGGACAAGCCUGCAAUGAGCUCAUCUUUUUAACAGUGUGGAGAACCAGACAGGGUGUGUGACAAAGUACCCAUUACAGUUUUUCUACAGUUACAGUGAUGACUGUGUAUUUUAGAGAGAGAUAUUUAAAACAGUAUUUCCUUCAUGUAUUACCAGGAGGUCCUUUGGAUCUGCCCUCUAACACUUCAAAGUAUGAACGGAGACGGCUGGAAGAUGGCCGAGUUUAGUAACCUCUGACCUGUUGUCAGCUUUUCUAAAGACCUCCUGUUGCUCUUUUCGGUGGCCUGCGGUCAUUCCUUUUCACUCCCUAUGUAGUUCCCAGCCCACGGCGAGCUGCUCUGAACUUGGCUACUUAAGGAUGAAAAGGCUCUGACCAGUUUUGCCUUUUCACUUUGAACAAUGAGUUGUCACGAUUCUGAGGGACUGGGAAACAGCAAAAGAGAAGAAACAGACCUCACAGCGGCCAGGGUGGAGGCCAAAACAGGACCCAGCUUGUGCCAAAACAGUUGCUGUUUUUGGUCUGCAGCACAGUGGGCUCGGAGUAGCACUGUGUGGGAAAUUGACUGGCACCAUGCUGACGGGACCUCUCUGACUUGGCUGCUUCAUUUAGAUUCAGUCCAGUCCACAAUCAUCUUUUCACACUCUGGGUUCAUUUUUCCAAAGCCAUCUGCCUUGUGUCUGUUCAUUCAAACACUGACAUGUUAGUGAGAUUAAGAUAUUGAGGUUGCAGCGUUUAUGUGAGUAAACUGCUUAGGCUCCAACCUGACUGUAACAGCAGUGACCCCCUGCCUGGCCUGCCCUGCUGUGGUCAGGUGGGUGGUCCUGGUCCCCGGCUGCUGUGUUAGCUGACUGGUCAGCUUUUGUACGGCUGUCAAAAGAGAAGCAGGCUCUGGCCGAGGGUCUGGGCGGAGGUGUCAACACAAUUCCAUUUGUCCUUGCUGCUGUCAGCUGUGAAGAAAAGAAGGCGAACAAGGCCUCAUUAUCAGCCUGGGAGGGACGGCUGGUGAUUGUGGUCAGCCUGACACAGAGAGGCAAUUCUGCACACUUAGGACAUCCUGCCCACACCCACAGUCGACCCCUAACACCUCAAAUGAAUCAGUCAAUGUCCAUGCAGGAAAAUGACUGGUGGGGAUGAAGUGGUACAAGUGGAGAAAUGUCUUUUUUUUAAUCUCAUGUUUAACUGGUGACACCCGACAACCAAGCUGUUGUCUCUCUUUGUUCUGUCUGACCCUAUAAAACGGACUAUUCCUUAUCUGGUCCCUGCCCGCUAUUCAGCAUAAUGUGCCAAAACUGUCAGCCUUAUCUGCCUCUGUUGAGACCCUCCUGAAGGCAAGAGGAAGAGAGGGGGAAAAUCUUGAACGAAUGACUGAUGACUCUUCUAAAGCUGAGCAUAUCAGUGGUCCCUGGCACUGACUGUGUGUUUUGAAUGAUGCCAGCAGAGCGGACCCUUUUAUCUCCGGUCGGUUUUUAACCGCACCUACACUGUUGUACUCAAAGCUGGUCAACGGGCUUUCUUUCUGUCUUGUCUGUAAUCAUGGUUUCACCUUAUAGCAUUUGAAAUGUCAAGAGUACAUCUGAUAAUUUUAGCCUGUCAUUUACUGCAUUUAACAUGAUCUGAAUUUACUCCUGCGGUAACGUCGGCUGCUCGCUUACAAAACCGAACAAAAACCAUCUAUAACCAAAUAUACUUAAAAAAUAUAAACAGUUAUUCUUUCUUCUAACUUCUCAUUCACUCUCUUUUCUGUGUAUCCUAGGGGAAAGUUCGCUGUGGUGAAAAAGUGCAUCGAAAAAGCAACAGGGCAACAGUAUGCUGCCAAGUUCCUGCGAAAACGAAGGAAGGGCCAGGACUGCCGCAUGGACAUCUUAAACGAGAUUGCUGUGCUGGAGUCAGCCAAGACAAACCCCUAUGUGGUGGCACUGCAUGAGGUCUAUGAGACAGGCACGGAAAUCAUCCUUGUACUGGAAUGGUAAGAAAAUACUUGAUAUAUUGCAGGAACAACACAAAGAUCUCUCAAAGCUCUCCUAACCGCAUUAAAACAGCUGUGUCUGUCGUUUCAAGUCUGAGUUCAAACACUCAUUGCCUUCUAUGUGGAAAAAAAAAACUGAUGGGAAUGUAAAUGACCUUUAAACUUUUAUUGUCAGUGUUUGAGGAUUGCCAGGAAAAAUGGGGAUAAAAUGUUGAGGCUCUCAAUCCUUAAGAACGAUGAUAAUCCUUUAAUCAUAACUCUCUCUUUCAAACGCAGAAUGUCUGAGGUAUUCAAUGACACCAAAAUGGUUUUAAAAAUACCCUCCUAAAUAUUCAUUGAUUUCUACUUAUCAAGUUACCGGCACAUCCUUCAUUUGCAUGAUGCAAUUUUCAUGUGAAUUCACAGCCCUAUCUCUUCUGCAUGAGAAUUACUGUAUAUGGCGUUUUCUGUCUGUCUCUUUUCUCGUCUCGAGAAAAAGAGAAAACCGACCUGUGAAAAGCACAAGCAUAAAUGGAAAUGUUCUCACUCGCUGUGGCUUGUGGCUCAUCUCGUUGUGGCCUCAACACCUCAGUUUCAUGCUGAACGGCUGCCAGGAACUGUCACUCAAAAUACCAAUGUGGCAGAACUGCAUUAUGCUUGCUGUGUGAAAAUUACAAUGUCUCGCUGCAGAUCAGUCAGUUCGGCUCUACCGUGAGAAUAUACUGCCUCUUUACUUCGGAUGAUGUGUUUCACGUCAGCAUGCAGGUGACCUGGCUGGCUGCUAAGUCAAGCUGUUCAGUCAGUGACCCAAAAAAUGGCAUCCGUUCUGUCUGGCUCUGGUCUGUUGGAGUUUGGUGUUAAAUGACUUUAUGCAUCUCAGUAAGUGUCUGCCUUAAUGCCCUCUAAUUAGGAUUUGGAAAGGGCACUUAGCAUCUUAAUUACCCAGCUCCCACUCAUCACUUGAAGAUAACUUUGGGCAAUUAUACAUGAACCUGCAGCCCCCCCUGCCCAGGCCCCUUAACUGCUUGCUUUUCAAGCAGGAAGCUGUCCUCUGCCCAGUCCGCAAUAGUCAUCCCUGUCCCAGACAUGGAAUGCCUUUACUGAACAAAGGGCUCUCUGUACGGGGGGGGCUGUUUUUGACCUCUGACUGAAGUGUGAAAGGGGAAGUAACACCAUGGUUCACCCCUCCGUGCCUGCAGAGAAAACAUAGCAGGAGGUCAGUCGGUACCGGUCCACUGUUCCUCUUCAGCAGCCUCAUAGAGCUGCAGUAAGAAUUGAGCAUCAUUAAGCAGGAGCUACAUGCAGAGUAUAUGAGGGCUUGGUUUUUAAAUGACAAACUGUGCAGCUAUUGCACUGCACAAUUGUCUGUAAAGCUCAUCUACAAAACGUCUGACCUCAGUUUUAGUUUUAAGAAUUGCAAACUAUUUUCCGUUUCCUGCGGGUUUAAAUGUAAGCUGCAAGCACAGUUCCCAAAAGCAGAACGCCACGCUAGUGCAGGGUUUUAAACACCUACACACACACACCUCUUGCAGCCACAACCACAUCCUUUGCAAUGUCAAAGAAACUGAAGCGAGAAGCUGAAUUGUAAUCAUCUUUUGACAGUCUAUCUCUUGCGUGCGUCAGUACCACAGAAACCCCCGACAUAAUUACUAGUUUUGAGAGAUGAUCACCAGGCUCUGCAGCCUGAAUGUGCACGGCAGCAAAAAAGUCUGCAGUGAUUAAUUCCUCAGAUGGAAUAGUCUUUUAUUUCCUGAUUUUCCCCCAAAAAUCAAUACAAUCGGACAAUGCUGGUGUACAAGUGCUGUGACAAUCUUAGUGCUCAAUAAGCUUGGUGGUCAGCCAAAAAGAAUGUGAACAUUAACUUUUGGCAGACUGACAGUAUUUGGAUUUGAGGGCAAGCAUUGGAUCGUUCCUGGCCAGGAUGUUUGCAGUCUGUUGUACUUAAACAAGCUCAAGACAAGAUCAAGAUUUCAAAUCCUCACAGGCCGACUCUUGACAGCUGAAUGAAGCUAUUGAUAUAUUUAGUUACCUUAAGCUUUUAAUUGCUCAGACAGGUAACUGCAAGAGGUCAAAUCCAUGUUAAGUUGACAGAAUGGAUUUAAAGUUCAUUUUUAUUUAACACCAACUCAGAAGGCAUUAGGAUUUAUUUCUAUUGCGGCUUUGGACAACAAAAGCCGUCAGACUAUACUCAUGUGUCUUUCAUUUCCUCUUCAAAAUGGAUAUACUAACACUAGGCUUGUUUGGCUUUCAUAUUAAAAGACUGAUCAAAGUAAACAGGAUGAGUGCUGAGUUUCGUUGAAGUGAGACUGGGGGAAAUGCCGAGUUGAGUGAGACUGAGUGAGCUUGUAACAAACAGGGUAGGUGGCAGAUCAAGUGUUUGGUCCUGAGAGCAAAAUAGAUUAAACGGACCAUUGACGGAUAUCCUUCAAAUCCCCAAAACAUGGUAGCUAUUUUCACAGCUGAAGAUGGUAAAGAGUGCAGAGUUGGGAGGCCGGUUAUGUAACAGUAAUGCCCAGGGCCUGGUCACAAAGUUUUCCUUUACAGAUAAAAAGCAUAUGUAGCAUCUAAAUCCCCCACACAUGGCUCUAGUUUUAGGGUGAACUGUCGGCUUGAGGCAUAGAUCUGACUGAUGGAGCAUCUAACGCAAAUCCACCAUGUCUCCGCGUCACUUAAAGUUGUUACACAAGAGGAGCAAGACCAGGCAGGAAUCUGACUAUUCCCUCCGCAAAAAUGUGAGAAGUAACUAUUAAGUCGCCUUCUUAUUAAAUUCCAUAAAAGGAGAGUCUACAUGCAGCCUGAGGCUCAUGCUGUGAGUGUACAUCUACCCUUUUAACACUCCUACUCUCACUAUACUUCAUAGUUUUCACUCUGUGUUUUUCUAUUUCCAAGAAAAUAUUUUUGAUUAGUUCAACAGUCUUUGCUUAUGAUCCCCCCCUGUUUCAAUUAGCAAGUUUAUCAGCCUGUUAGCCCUUAUCAGAAACUGCUUGUAAGCUGAUAAAGCGGCUCUUAUCUGCAGUAAUAUUCCUGGCACGGGGAAGGUGCAUGCACAGACAGACUGCCUGAAAAAAUAUUGAUUUAUGUUGUACUUGUAUGCAGGGUGUAGAUGUGGAUGGACUUUGUGCCUUCAAGCCAAAGAACACUAAUGAGGGGAUGAGGUGUUACAUAAUUUAAGAUAGAGUGGAAAUUACUUUGGGCUUUUUUUUGCUAAAAGUGCACUAAUGGGAUGGGUUGGAAUUUACUAUUGUCUGGCUUUGCAAUUUAGACUGAGAGGAAGGGCGUAUUUAUACAGUUUAAGGUACAAUUUAUUAUGAUAAGUUCGAAUGAAUAAUCAAAAAAUGAAAGUAAGCCAAACUAAACUCCAGUGGGUGGCUCAGUUCUUUGCUUCUCAUCUUAUCCUUGUUUUGUUUUCUCAGUUUCCCUUCCUUUGCUUUCCUUUCAGUGCUGCUGGUGGUGAAAUCUUCGACCAGUGUGUUGCCGAUAAUGACGACGCCUUCACAGAGAAAGACGUGAUCCGGCUGGCCAAGCAGAUCCUGAAUGGCGUAGCUUUCCUGCAUCGCAACAACGUUGUGCACCUGGAUCUGAAAGUAAGUGUCCCGAAAGAUAACAAUAUAGGAGAGUCUAUUCCCCGGAGUGGGAGGAUGAGGGGGGUACGAUUUCUGUUAUGCAACCAGUGUGUCGUGACCUCAUUCCCGCGAGGAAUCGCCUAGUUACAGAGCAUGACCGAACUAUCAUCUUUUCAUUAAUGGGGCCCCGAGGUAGCAUGCAUCACUGAGAUUCCCUUUCCACCUAGCAAUUUCUCAAAUUUCUCGGUGAACAUGUUGCUCCACUUUUUUUAAUAAUAGGAAAUUAGACCAUGUCCCCAUUUAAGGAGGGAUUUGAAACAUGUUAGCGCGCCUUGACAUGCUGUAAGGCCGGUGUUUCCAAGAGAUCAAUCUUAUCCACUCUUAAAUUGACCCGGCUGUUGUAAUCCAGGCCUGAUAGUUGGCCUUGACUUGCCCUUAUCUUUUUGUGUUUAUCUCAGAUGUUCAGUCCAACUGUGGUAUCAUUCCAGGCUGGCAAACGUACAACUGUGCUUAAUUCAAAGUCACACUACUUGAACACGCUUUUCCAACAAUGGCGUCAUAAUAGUGGUUUGCUGCGAAAUCCUAUUUGUGUAACUGAUUCAUCUGAUUGGCUUAAAAGAUUAUCUCAGCAGAGCAGCAAGGUACUGACUGUCAAACCAGACCCCAAAUCCACUUUGGGCCAUUUAACCAGUAUGGCUUGAUUCAUCUACACUGACAGGCUAUUUAGACCUCAUUUGUCAGGCCUUAGUACCUUGAAUAAUCAUCACUGAUUGUGUAACAUUACUUAAUCUCUGUGUUCUUUAUUAACAGCCACAGAACAUCUUGCUGACCAGUGCCAGACCUCUUGGGGACAUCCGUAUUGUUGACUUUGGCUUGUCCAGGUGUAUGGACAACAUCACAGAAGUAAAGGAAAUCUUGGGUACCCCAGAGUAUGUAGGUGAGUCCUGCUCUCAGCACUUAAAGUAUUACUAAAAAUGACCUAAGUCCACUUCAUUCAGAUGCCGUUUCCUAUGACUGAUUUAGGCCAUGUGUUUCUGUUGCAGCACCAGAGAUCCUGGACUAUGAAGCCAUCAGCACAGCGACAGACAUGUGGUAAGUGUGCUGCUGCAGUUAAGGGACUAUUUCCUCUCAUUUACUGGGUCUUCUGCAGAACUCAUUUAGUCCGGGUUUUACUUCUUGGUAUUCAGAGAUAUUUAGGGCAGUGUCAUCACCACCAUUACAUGCAAAGACAGACUAGACACUUGACCACAAGAUCAUCUUGCAGACCUGCAGAUGAUUAUGAUUGAUUCUAGUGUAAAACCACUGUCUUACUUGAUGUCUGUAAUCAUCAAAGAUGCAACGUGACCUCAUUACCUCUUCCGCCCUUCUCCAGGAGUAUUGGGGUGCUGACCUACGUCAUGCUGACGGGGGAGUCUCCCUUCCAGGGGGAUGACAAGCAGGAGACCUUCCUCAACAUCUCCCAAGUCAACGUAGACUACUCAGAGGAUACUUUUGAGGGGAUCUCCCCCCAGGCUGUUGACUUCAUCAAGUCUUUGCUGAUCAAAAACCCCAGGUGAGGAUGUAUGCAGUAAAGAUGAAGAUAAGAUCAAAAUAUUCAGAUUUCUGCUGAAAUGAUACAUUUUCCAUCAGCGUGUCUUUAAGCACACAAAGGAUGUGAGUCACAGGUGCACAGACGUACAUCCGCAUGUGUCUAAAUGAGUGGAUGUGGUAACCAAAUUUAUGUCACUCAGACAAGCAAUUUCCUCUUGCUAAUAGUGGUUGUAUGAUAAGAAGAAACACUUCUAAGGUCAGAGUUUUUAUGGCACUACACCAAACACUGAUAGGUCAGUUUUGAAUGUAGCCAUGAUGGAAAGCAUCAUCAUUGAUUGAAAGUGAAGUGGAUUACUGGGGGUGUUGGAUGAAGUGGAAGAUUUCUCAGUGUUUGAGUCAAUGGUGUGAGAUGGUGAGGAGAAGAAUCUCAAGAUCAAACUCUGUUUUUUUUUCUGUGGUUUUCAAACCCUAAUGCUGAAAGAGAAUAUGGCCGACGUCUGUGAGAACAGAUUGAGAGAAUCCGAUAAUCUAGGCAAUCCAUCGGUUAUGUAAACUCCUUGAAGAUUUCCACUCAUCCACAGUGUUAUUGUGUUUGUGUGUACAGGAAGAGAGCCACGGCAGAAGAAAGCCUCAACCACCCCUGGCUGAACUCCCUCCCUCAUCCCCAUUCCCACCCGCACCUCCACGCCAGCCCCGCCUCCUCUUUGGACGAGCCGGAGGCGAGCCUGUCAGAGUCAGAGCCCGAUAGUCCAGCUCCUUCCCCCGAGCUUGACUUGAUCGAGUCUUACCUCACGUGCCCGGGCCAGGGUGAGCUGAAGACAGGCCGUGAUACUUUCACAUUCAGCGAGGCUCCCUUUCCCACGCGGACUGAGAUAAAGCAGGAGCUCAUCUGCUGAAAGACGUUUCACAGGUGGAGAGACUGAACAGUUUUCCAAUUCUGUUGAGCAGAUGCUGAGAGCCAGCGAGCCUGCAGCUUUUUUUGUCUGGACCUCAUUCAGAGCCAUGCUAUAUGGAUGCUGUAUGCCUGCUGUGGGCAUCUCCUGCUGCUGUGAUGUCUGUGUUGUAUCUGUUUCCUCUGAGUGUGUGUUAAAUUAAUGUACACUAUUCUGCGCUGUUUAAGAUCUCACGCGAAUGUUGGAGGAGCAGAGAUGCAGUGAGCAAAAACACACGUGGACUUUGUCACAGGACUGCACUGCUGCCUUAAAAGUGACCGAACUGAACUGGGCUCAGCAACACAGUGGCUAGUUUCCCACUGCACACACACACUGGUUUCUCUUUUGACCCAAUUCAUCUUCCAGACUGUUUGAGAAGAGAGAGACGGUCUCCAGCUCUCUUGGGAGAGGACUUCACUCACUGCAUGCACUCAUCCUAACAUGAUAUGCUUCAGCUGACCCAGGCAUGCGUCCUGUGAUGAGUUUAGUAGAAGCAGGUCUCGAGUACGGAUGGGUGGUUGAACUUAAAAACGUUAUACAAAGGGCAGCACCUGAGUAGAUGUCAGGCAGUAACUGUCUCAAAGUUUAAUAUGUUUAUUUAUGAGAGUUUGUUAUACCACUUCAGCCCUUUAUUACACAGAGCCACAUUCACAGCAUAGAUUGGGAUGGAGACGGUAGCAUUUUUAUUUAAAGGACAAUCUUAAGCACUUUUAUGUUGUUAUUGGACUUCCAGUUUAUAGUGAGAACCAAAGGCUACUUAUGCACAGUUAAGUCAGAUGUCACAUAGUAUAUAGUACAUCUUCACCAGCUGUUCAGGUCAAUUUACCUUUCUUCACCAAGUGCCACUUUGCAACCUUCACGUUUGCGUGAGUAGUCAAUUUUGAGUUCAACUUUUUGUUUUAUUUUUUUGCUUUUGCACAAGUUGCACAUUUUUUUUGUACUUACACAAAAUGCAGCCACCAGGUCUUUCAGUAGUCCAAUUCUGUGACUUCAGUUUUUCAGUGAGAGAAUGAAGGUGGUUUAAAGUGAAGGCGACUUUUUGUCUGUUUUUGUAUGAAAAGAUAAAAAAAAAAUAAACACAUGGUCGACCCAAAGGCCUGGUUUAGUCAUGUUUUUGCCUUCAGAUGCUUGGGAGUGAAGAAAUUAAGAAGAAUUUCUUAAAAAAUAAAAAUAAAAAAAACUGAAAAGUGUAUUGUAAGAUAGUAUUAAGAUUAAUUUGAAGAUAAUUGUUUUGUUUUUUACCAGUGUUGGAAUGUUAACAUCAUUAAAAAUGUCUUAUUUUGUACAUUAACUUUUACUUAUUCCUGUUGUUUACUGCUCAUGAUCUUUAGGCAGGUUUGCACUUGUCCUUGUGGACGUUUUUGUUAAGAUGAAUAAAUGAUGAUGGCAUGCAUUGCAAAAUGAAAAGAUUAAAAUAACAGGUGCAUUUUGUAUCAAA